AUGGCGGGCUUGGAGUGGAUGGACUUUCACUGCGGAAUACGAGAGCAACCUUUUUCUUUCCCUUGCUUUGUUUUUUGCGUUCGCCUGCUGUUCACUUCUGGGGCCGCGAGAGUGAUCUGUCUGCUUCUUCUCUUCUCUUGCGUCCUUCAAGCUUUUUCUUUUCUUCUUUCUUUUCUUCCUCGUCGUCGCUUUUUUUUUUUUUUGGCUGCUUCGAAAAAAAGAGCUGAAAAAGAAAAAAAAAGAAGAAAAAAAGGAAGCCCAAAAAGGGAUGUCACGGAGGAAGAUAUAUAUAAGAGAGAGAGAGAGAGAGAGAAGGUAGAAGAAGAGGAGGAAGAAGAAGAGGAAGAAGGAUGGAAGAAGUGGAGGUCGAAGGGGAGGGAGAGCGUUAAGUACUUUCUUUUUGGCCGGCGAGGAGGGAAAAGGACACCGCCACGAGGAGAGGAAGAAGAGGAAGAAGAUGAUGAUGAUGAAGAGAUGAAGCUGGCCGAGGAGCAGGAAAAAAGAGAAGCUGAUAAGGAGGAAGAACGAGAAGAAGAAGAAGAAGACGAAGAAGACGACGACGAAGAAGACGACGACGACGGCGGCGGCGAGAAGAAGACAAAAGACGAGAGCUUCCUGCGCAACGUGUUUCGAGUCUGGUCGAUCCUGACGACGGCCGCUGGAGGAGACGAAGGCGAGACGAGACGAGACGAGACGAGACGAGACGAGAGACGGAAAAGGGUCGUCGAAUGCGAGGCGAUGGCGAGUGACUUCUGGCUGCCAUACAAAUCCGUACUCCGUGCUGGUGGUGAUGAUACUGGCGGUGAUGAUAUUACUGGUGGUGGUGAUACUACUGAUACCGAUGAUGCUGAUGAUGGGAUGGUAUAG